GUGAUGAGCGCUUUCGCAUCACCUGUGAAGCAAGGCAAUUGCUUCACUCAGUGCAUUCUCAGGGUGAGAUUGUUGGAUCAGUGGGCAAGGGCCUGCUGGUUGCGCCUGGCCAGUGGGCCAGGCUCAGCAACAUCUCAGAGAAUGGCACUUGGCUGAAGACUGAGAGCUUCCAGGUUGGAGACAAGACUGUAGUCAGGAAGCAAGGAACCUCAGUUGGAAGGAUCCUGGAGCCCCACAGGAAACUGAGGAAGAGUGACCCUGAGUUGAUGUCCAAGCUUGAGGUGAUGUCUCAGCCUGCCAGCAAUGUGGACUCAGUGAUCCUCACUUGGUCUAUCCAAGCUCAGGCUGAGCAGUACCCAUGCUCAAUGUGGAUGAGAGACUGCUUCAGCUCAGUGUUCACUGACUCAGCUGCUGAAGCCAUGGCUUUGGCCAACCAGCUAAGCUGCCUUGUAGCUGAGAAAUGCACUUCCAAGCUCCAGAUCACUGACACAGACUUUUCCAAGCAGUUCAAGGCCUUAGUCAGGAGCAAGCUGACUGAGAUGAGAUCUGAGCCACUCAGUUUGGAAGGAAAGCUGGAGGAGCUGCUGUCUCAGAAAUGGGCCCAGGAGUUGGAGCUUGAGAUGGGCACUAAGAGGUACAAGCCUGAGUACCUCAGUGACAGACUCAAAUGGCUCAACAGUGAAGGUGUGCCCGUAGAUGCUGACUGGAAUUUCAACGAGGUUGCUAAGAGCAUCACAGACCUUCAGGUAUGGGACUAUUUUCACCCUGAAGAUGAGGAUGAGCAAGGAGAGCUUGAGAUCACAGAUGCCCUCAAUGAGGAUUUGGAGCUGGAGCCCCAAAACUCCUUGUCAUUGAGGCUGAGUCCUGCAUUGAGGCGAGCUGGCCUCAGGAGAUUGGGCACCAAGCAGUACAAAGAAGCAAGGCUCCAUGAAAAGAAGCACCCCAAGCAAAGGGCAGGAGGCACCACCCCAGCAGAAGGCCCUCCAGCCAGUGAGGAAGAUAGCCUUCUUCACACUGAUGCUGUGGUGACCUCAGAGGCAGCUGGCAAGAUCAAUUUUGGCAAGGUUGGCAACCUCAUGUCCUUCUCUUCUUCCUCAGGAGCGUACACCUUGAUGAGUGACACUGGUGCAUACCAAGUGAUGCCUGAGUGGUUGGAGAGCAAGGACAGCAAGCCUGCUGUCAAGCCAGUCCAGUGGCCCAAGUGGAGCCAGCUCAGCAAAAAGGACGCCAAGCUCAUGUUGAGUCAGCUCAGCAGCAACCCUGAGGAUCAGAGAUCCCUGCAGUUUGAUGAAUGGUCCUUCCACACAGUCCUCCCAUGCCCUAAGGAUGUUGCUGAGGUUGAAGACCAGCACCUGCGGUUGGGCUGGGUUCUGCUGAGGUGGAUGCUGAGCAAGAUCAACUUGCCAAGCUGUGAGGAGUUGGGGAUCAACUGUGUUGAUCCCAUCCUCAGCAAGCUUUUGAAUGAUCAGGGCUGGCGUUCAGAGUAUGACAGCCUCAGCGAAGAACAUACUGAGUCCCACCCUGUCCAGCUGAGAAUGGGGAAGCUGCUGGAUCCUCAGUUUGAGCUGCCACCUCUCAAGAAUGUGGCCAAGCCGCCCAUUGGCUCCAAUGCCUGUGGCUGCUAUGUGCUCCACUACAUGGAGAGUGAGCUCAGAACCUUGAGGGGUGAAUGGCUUUCAGUUUGGCCUGAGGCAGGUUGGAAAGCAUGGAAGGAAAGGCUCAACAAAGCUUGUGGCAAGCUAGCCUCAGAGGCUGAGGCUUUGACUGAGGCAGUAAAGCAAGAGCAAGACAAGCUCUCCAAGCAGCGAGCUCAG